AUGCCCGACACUUCAAAAAUCACCCGCGUGGCUGUCACUCAGGCCGAACCAGCAUGGUUGGAUCUUGCGGCUGGCGUGACAAAGACCUGCAAGCUGAUCUCGGAAGCCGCCCUGCAUGGUGCAAAGCUGAUUGCUUUCCCGGAAUGCUGGAUUCCUGGAUACCCAUGUUGGAUCUGGAGCCGGUUCUUGGACGUCGGAAUGAAUGUUGCCUAUAUUAAGAACUCUAUGACUCUUGAUUCCCCGGAGAUGAGCCAGAUUCAAGCUUGUGCUAAAAGCCACUCGAUCGCGGUAUCUCUAGGCUUUUCGGAGAACGACAACAACUCUGUGUACAUCGCACAAGUCAUCAUUGGCGGCGACGGGGAGAUUAAGUCUCACAGAAGAAAGAUGAAGCCUACUCACAUGGAGCGAACCAUCUUUGGAGAUGCCUCCGGAGAAUGUUUCUCUAGCGUUGUGGAUCUCCCCUUUGCGCGAGUAGGAGCACUUUCUUGCUGGGAACAUAUUCAGCCUCUGUUGAAAUAUUUCAUGAUCUCGCAGAGAGAAGAGAUUCAUGUCUCCGCUUGGCCCAGUCUCACUCCUCAUACGGGGAAAUCCGAUCUCUGGUCCAUGUCCGCAGAAGGCUGCCACAGCUUGUCACAGACAUACGCCAUAGAAUCACAAAGUUUCGUUCUUCACUCUACGGCAGUCAUCACCGAAAAAGGAGUGGAGGCAAUGAACACAAGCGGCGGCAUCCUGAUGUCUUCUCCCGGCGGAGGAACCUCGGCAGUCUUUGGUCCAGAUGGAAGAAGACUGACAGAGCCUAUUGACAGUACUUCUGAGGGUAUUGUCUAUGCCGAUCUUGAUAUGAACCAGAUUGUGGCGACCAAAUUGUUUGCGGAUGCCACUGGUCAUUACAGCCGCCCGGACCUAAUGUGGCUCAAUGUGUGCAAGAAGGUGAAGAAGAUGGUACAUGCAGAUGGCGAGAACGUAGUAAGCAUCGUGGAGGAGUAG